UUGCGGAGAGUCUGAGCAGCGCCAAACUUUACAGUAACAGUCGGUACCUGACGGUAAUUCACUCCGAACUCCACUCUUCGGUCUCCCACGCUGAGAAGUUAUGAAAAGUUGGCCCUCCGCCCUUAAACAUGUGUUUAAAAAGGGAGUAAACUCAUGGAGCUCCGCAACGGGAUCCAAAGGGAAGUGAGCACCGAGCAGCAGCGGCGGCGGGGCUGCAAGAGAGCGCAGCCGGCCCAGAGCGAGCCCAGAGCCGGCGUGUGUAAAGUUCUAAGGCCGCUGCCUCUGGAGGACAAUGACGAGGGAGAGGUGCGUGUGGAGAAAGGUUUCUCCUUCCUCAAGGCCAGCUCCGCGGUGUCUCUGGCGCCCCGGUACAGCCUGCUAAGGGAGGUGGGUCGCGGAAGCUACGGCGUGGUGUACGAAGCCGUGGCCCGCAGGUCCGGAGCCCGCGUGGCGGUGAAGAAGCUCCGCUGCGACGCUCCGGAGAAAGUGGAGCUCGCCCUGGCCGAGUUCUGGGCCCUGGCCAGCCUGGAGAAAAGGCACGAAAACGUGGUCCAGCUGGAGGAGUGCGUGCUGGAGAGGAGCGGCCUGGCGCAGAAGAUGAGCCACGGGAACAAACGGUCCAAACAGUAUUUGCGUUUGGUGGAGACUUCGCUGAAAGGUGAGCGCAUCCUGGGUUAUCCAGAGGAGCCGUGCUACCUCUGGUUUGUCAUGGAGUUCUGUGAAGGUGGGGACUUGAACCAGUACAUCCUGUCCCGACGGCCUGACCCAAAAACCAACAGGAGCUUCAUGAAACAGCUGACCAGCGCCGUGGCCUUCCUUCACAAGAACAACAUUGUCCACCGUGACCUCAAACCAGACAACAUCCUCAUCUCGCAGAAAUCCGGCUCGCCCGUUAUCAAGGUGGCCGACUUUGGCCUUAGCAAGGUGUGUGCCGGGUUGGGCUGCAUAGAGCAAGAGGGUGAAGACCAGGUCAACAAGAACAUCAACGUGAACAAGUUCUGGCUGUCGUCGGCCUGCGGCUCGGACUUCUACAUGGCACCCGAAGUGUGGGAGGGACACUACACGGCCAAAGCAGACAUUUUCGCACUGGGCAUAAUCAUCUGGGCCAUGAUCGAGAGGAUCACGUUCAUCGACGCAGAGUCAAAACGGGAGCUCCUCGGCACGUAUAUCCGGCAGGGCAGCGAAAUUGUCCCUGUUGGGGAGGCGCUGCUGGAGAACCCCAAGAUGGUGCUUAGCAUCCCACAGAAGGCUCGGAGCCCCAUGUCGGAUGGGAUCCGGAGACUCUUGCAAGACAUGCUGGCUGUGAACCCGCAGGAUCGGCCGGACGCUUUCCAGCUCAAGCUCAGAGUGGACCAAGUCACAUGUGCCGCGUGAGAACAGUCUCCAGGUCAAACUCACUCAGCUUCAGGUUUGGGAACAGAGCAGUUCGGAGAAAGGGACUAUGGAUCACUGUGGGGAAACGUGAAGCCUGCUUCGUGAUCACUCGUGUCGGACUUUAAUACCGUCAGACUCACUUCUAUUCAGGUUGCAUUAUGUGAAAAUGCUAUGCAGUCGACUUUUGUAGCAGUUUCUUUUUUCUACUCUGCGCCCUUCGUCACCCAAAUCUCCAGAUCACACAAAAAGACUGUCAGUCUCCGUUUAUAGAUAUUUACUAGGCUUGUCUUCUCUUUCUACUCCUUCUCCGUUCUUAUCAACACUGUUGCAACAGAUUAAGGGAGUUUUGUUGGUUUUUGUUUUUGUUAAUUUUCCACUGUUAGAUACUGAUAUACUAUUUUGGACCAGAGAGGAAAACGCGCUGCACUUUGUACUCAGACAUAUCACCUCUGCACUUCUCACAAACUUACCCAAAGAGCCCGUCAGUAUACCUGUAGACUUUCACGGACAAGGUUCCACAGCUGAUCCUAUGGAAUACUGUGGAAGAUUCAGAUAAAUAUUCCAUGUUCUGGAAUUCCAGAAGCAGUGGAGCAGUAAUAUAUUAAUAGUUCUUAACAGUUAAACUGUGAAUGAAGUAAUGUGAAUGAGUUGGGUACACACCGGCCCUGUCUCUCUGUCUCCACGACGCGUGUGGGCGAGCAACAGCGCCCUGUUUCAGAAUCUCACUCCUGUGCCUUAUUUCAUCUCUUAAAAGAGAAUAUUUCAGUUUCUUUUUUUUAUAGCUUUUUUAGUUGUAUCCUUACAAGAUCAUUGGAACAAAGUCAUAUAUCCAGUCUUGCGCACAAAAACAAGGGAUAACGCUAAAAAUGGCCAGGUUUAAAUACUUCAGUUAAGUUUCAGUCACAGACAUGGAAAAAUUUGAUGUAGGUUUUUAUGUAUGUGUGUGUGUGUAUAU